CAGGACUGCCGCAGCUGGAUGGAUGGAUACGGUGCCGCCCAGCUCAUGUGUGCUUGUUGUGCCGCUGUGUCUGCUGUGUUGCUGCAGAUCUCUUCAUUCAUCUCACCACAAGCCAAGAUCUCGGUGGACAUGGCUCUGGUGCUGACAAGGCAAGUGCCCGACGAUCCACUGACGCUCGGGAGGAGAGAGGGGAGGGAGGGAAAGGGGCGGAGCGGAAAUUCCAUUACCCGUUCUGUCGUGUGUUUCAGGUGCGGGAGCCUCGUUUGGUCUCGUCUCCACGACAAAACGUCAGCCAGGAAAGUCCGACGACACACACACGACACGACAGGAGCGAAAGCAGCCAAGUGCAGGAAGGUUUUCGUUGUUUCGCCGAGCGUUUCCUCACAAGGGAGAUGGCGCUUGAAGAGAGCACAAUUGCGUCAGACACGGAGGUGCCGUCGAAGUCCCGCCUAUGUCAAGAUCUGCGGCUCACGGAGGCGGAGGAGUCGCUGUUCGAGCUGCUGCUGAAUGUGGUCAGGGACAAGGAUCUUGACACCACGCUGCGUGUGGCGGGCGGCUGGGUACGGGACAAGCUGCUGCACUUGGGGGACACCGCCUCGCACGACAUCGACAUUUCUGUGGAGGGAAUGCUGGGGCGCCAGUUCGCCGAGCACCUCAAUGAGUGAGUGAGCGAGGGAGUAGUGGACGCACUCCUGGAAGGGCCGCCGUCAGUGUGUGUGUGUGUGUGUGUGUGUACACAUGCAGCUGGUUGAAGACCCGUGGGCUCCCGCCCCGCAAGAUAGGCGUGAUGGCGGGGAACCCCGAGUCGAAUAAGCCUGAGAGGGCGACGCUCAGGCUGAAGGGUGUUCAGGUGGAUUUCGUCAACCUGAGGACCGACUUCGGCACGGAGGACUCGGGGAUGCCCUCGGUUUGCCAGACAGGCAAACCUGGAGGAGCUUCUGUCGCCUGUGUGGUCGACGCCUAUCCUCGAGACCUGACGAUCAAUGCCCUCUUCUACAACCUGCACGACAAGAAAGUGGAAGACUUCACCGGUCGGUCUGUGAAAAGAGUGACGGACAGAGAGACAGGCCGCUGACUGAUCCACGCUGCGCUGUGCUGCGUUGUACUGCAGGUCGUGGUAUCGAGGAUCUGAGAGAUGGUGUCCUGCGAACACCACUGGACCCCGCCAAAGCGCUGCUCGAAAACCCCCUGUGCGUGCUCAGGACCAUCAGGUGAACGCACAGACAUCUGAUGGCUGCCGCAUCUGAGUCACCCGGCACAUGUCAUAUGUGCUUUGAUCGGGCUUUGCAGAUUUGCGUCUCGUUUCGGUUUUCGCAUCUCGCGUGAGCUCGAGACAGCCUGCCGCGAUGCGGGGGUACACCAAGCGCUCGCAGACAAGGUAAGGUGGUGACGAACUGCACACACAGGCAUAUCACAUCACACAUGACUGAUGGCGGGCACACGCUGUCUGUCUGCAGGUCUCCCGGGAGCGCAUAGGUGCCGAGCUGGACAAGAUGAUGAGCUGCAGCGACCCUGUUCAGUGUCCCUGGCAGCUGCUCACCUCCUUCGGGCUGGCCCCCGUCCACUUCUUGCAGCCAGACAGGAUACAGUGGAGCCCCGAGCUGCUCGACCGCUACGUGAGGUCCUCAAAGUCGCCCAACCAGAUGUGUGUUGACGGGGUCCUCAGCGAUGGCCUGAUGACCGUCAAGAAUCUGCACAGUGUGAUGAAACAGUAUGUCAUCAACGACGCACACUCGACGUACUUCCGGGCACAGAAAGGGGGAUUGUGUUGUGUGUGUGUGUGGGUUUGUAGGUUUGUUGAGCAGUGGGAGCCUGAUGAGAAGAAAUUGAUGAGCUACGCGGCAUUCCACGCGCCCCUCGCCGGUCCGAACACACACAGAGACUCAUUGACUCACGUGAAGGCACACACAUCUGGAACGAACGCACUGCUUCAUCUGGACCAGGUCUCUCUCUCUGUGUGUGUGUCUGAUUACUUACCGUUUGUGUGCGUGUGCAGGUCUGCAUUAUAAGGUUGACAAAGGCAGACCCGCGCCCCUUAUCAGCCACCUUCUGGGCAGCCGUCUCAAGCUGCCAAGACAGGUCGCACAACGGUGAGAGGCUGAGCAGACCACGACAGACCGAGCAACACACAGCACCUCCAGAGUACCCUCCAACUGCUUCCUUUCUUGUUGUGUAUUCAGCGUGGCUCUCAUCUUGUCGACAGCUCUCGAGUUCCAGCGACUCGUCGGGGAGCGGGCCGAGGGAGCCUGCCCGCCGCCUCCAAAGACCGACGCAGCCGCCCGAUCUUCUGCUGCAUCUCAGCGGUCGCAGUACGGCCGAGUGGAUCUGGGCCUCAUAGUCAGAAGAGCGGGGCAGCUGUGGAAGGUACGCACAUACACACACACACAGAGCAAGCAAGCAGCACUCGCGCUACCGACCUCUUGUGUGUAUUGUGUGUCCCCAGGCAUCCCUGGCGGUGGCAAUGGCCGGGGCCAUCGGCAAAACGCCCCUCGAGUCAGCCCAGCACCUGAUGUCCGGCUACAGGGCCGUUGAGGAGGCCGUCGAUGACUUCGGCCUCAUCGGUGUGUGGCUGCGAGAUCCGCCUCUGGGCGGGAAGGCGGUCAAGGAUGUUCUGCCUUGUCUGCCGACGGGGCCCGAGCUCAACGAGAUAAUGAAGGAGGUAAUGGACUCGCAGGUGGUGUGGAUGCUGGCGCACCCUGACGGCACGGCCGAUGAGUGCAGCGAGUUCAUCAAAAGCGAAUUCGGUCGGUUCUGUGGCGUAUCACGCGCCGAGAGCCUCACGUCCUUGAGAUACUACCGCUACGUCAGAGAUGAGAGCCCCGAUGAUUCCUCACUCUAUGGCGAGAUCAGCCAAAGCGGAGAGUUCAGCAGCGAAGAGAUGUUCGGCCCUGUGGUGGUGUCGUUUGAUAUCGACGGCACCCUGGCGAAGAUCGAGAAGCGACUGGCGCUCAGACGGGUGCGUCUCUGGACACACACGACAGGACAGAGGGAACACGGGACGUCCUGUUGUGCUGCCUGUGUUGUGUUGUCACUGUCACUGUGUGUGCGGUCAGGUCCACCGAAGCCAGAAGGAUUGGGACGUGAUACUUAGUGGCGACAACUACUACCUCGAUGAGGUCAGUCAGUGACUCGUGGGCACACGAGACGCUCCAUUCGCAUGAUACACAUGCCUGCCUGCCUUCUGUGCUGUCUGUCAUCUUUCGCUGCGGUGCCGCGUCAUCGACACGACAGCCGAUUCCUGAAGCCCGUGGUACGAGCAGACUGGCUAAUGAUCGAUGCACCCACAGCUGAGUCUGCUGCUGCGUUCAGCUUUCCUGCAACAGCUCGUCCAGCUGACCAGACACCAUCCCACUGCCCCCUCCCCACCGGCCGACGGCGACCCUCCCUCGUCGCCCAUCACCAUUGUCUAUCUAUCGGGCCGUCGAGCGGGCACAGAGGUGCAGACCUCACAAUGGCUGGCGGCCCACGGCUUCCCACAUGGCGUGAUAUUCCACCGCCCCAAGGGCGUCAAGGGGGGUCUGUUCAAGGAGCGUGUCUUGAGGUGCCUCCACCAGCCGCCAAUGAGGCACGUCAUCGCUCAUGUGGGCGACCGGCCGAUGGAGGAUGCUCUGGCCGCUGUCAAGACAGGUCGGUGCACAUACACACACACACACACGGACGGAGGCAGACAGCUGGAUGUGAUAUGUGGCGGCUUCUGUUGCGUGCGCGGCAGGGGUGCGGCCCGUCUUGAUUGCACCGAACGAGUGGACGGGCAGGGCCCAUUCGGCGUCUCAGGAGUGCAAUCGGCCGGCUGGAUGGGUGAAGAGAUCGACGCUCGAGAGCAUCGUGGUGGCGCUGCUGGACGACGAGAGCCGUGAGGGCAAGCAGCCGUCGAGGAGCUCGCGGGAGGUGGCCGAGGGGCGCUCUUUGCUGCGCGAGUCGCCUUACUGGUCGAGUGGUUCGUGUGCUGACUUCUUCGCCCUCAAUAUGGCAGCGGACUUCUGGGCACAUAUCAACACAGAGAGAGCGGGGGUGGGUCGUGCGAGUGAGGAGUGACCAGGGCGGGAAUCAUUGUGUGUUUUUCAAGUGAUGGGUUCAGUACAUUGUCGAUGUGUGAAUAAAUUGUUUGUCCAAUGCACUGGGGAUGUGUUCGUUGAGCGGUUACAGCUGGACACAGCUAGACACAAUACAGUACACGCACAGUGAAUGUCCAUUGCUCAGCC